AUGAACCUCCUCCUCCUGCUGGCCGCGGCGGGCGCGCUGGCCACCGUGGCCGCGGCGGCGCUGGCCACGCUCAUGGCCCUGGCCGUGCUGCGCUCGCGGGGCCAGGGCCGCGCCGGGAAGGGCGCCACGGCGGCGCGCUGGGGCCGCCUUAGGGCGCCAGCGACGGAGGGCGGCAGGGGGCGGCGGCCCGCCGCGUGGGGGACCCCCGAGAGGCGCCCCCCGGAGCCGGGGACCCCCGAGAGGAGCCCCCCGGAGCCGGGGACCCCCGACAGGAGCCCGUCGGAGCCGGGGACCCCCGAGACGCCACCCUCGGAGCUGGAGCCCCAGAAGAGGCCCCCCACGGAGCCCGAGCCCCCCAAGGGGCGCCCCCCGAAGCCCGAGCCCCCCAAGGGGCGCCCCCCGGAGCCCGAGCCCCCCAGGGCGCCGGGCCCGCCGCGCCCGCAGCGGCCCCCGGCGUGA